UGAAGAGCGCCCCUGACGGACACCAAGUCUGACUGUGAACGGAGGCCGCGGAGGUGCCGGCCCAAGAUGAGUGCGUGAGCUGCACUCCAGCCAGGCGGGCAUCGGGCUCGCAGGCACCCGCCUCCAGGUUCCCGGAUGCCUCGGGGCACACAGACUUUUCCCAGGAGAUUUUCUCAACAUCAGCACCUCUGCAAAUGGAUGCAGAAACCAGGACCAGGUGCCUCGGCAGCAGAACACAGCUCCAUGGGGACACCCGCGUUUACCAACCUCGACCUGCCCAGCCCGGUAGGUCCUUCCUUGAUGAUGGAAUGUUCUAGACGCCGUCUACGGGGUAGCCAACAGCCACGUGUGGCUACUGAGCUCUGGAAACAUGGCCCACGUGACUGAGAACCUGACGUUUUAAUUUCACUGCACUUUAGGCAGCCACAGGCAGCCUGCAGCUCAGUGUGGGAGGCGGGGUCGCACUUGGCUGGGUGGCAGCGGGAUCCGGAGGGCUUGGGGAACCUGGCUUAGUGGCCAAGGUUCUGCAGAGGGGCUGGUCUUUACACAGUUGGGACCACUGCUCACACUGCUGUAGCCAGGAGCCUGGCCCUCCGUGGCACCGCCACUGCCGCUGCUGAACCCGUGUGUGGGAGAAGACAGCACAGGGACCCCGUCUCCAUGGAACCACCAGAUAGAGCAGAUUCAAGUAGUUAAAUAGAAAUGUCGCCUGCAUUUUUUAUUUUGCAAAAAACAUUCAAAAAUAAACACUGUCAACAGCGGAGUCACUGGCGGCUGACAAGGCGAGGGGGUGGCUGUGUGGAUCUGAGCCAACUGCACUUCACAAAAGGAAGCCUGGUGGACGGGAUCGCGGAUGAGACCCUCGGGGCGGUCGCUUCGGGCCCUGGGCACGUGAACCCCUCACAGGAGGCUGUGGGCCGAGGGCUGCCGCGCCUCUCGCCUCUGCCCCCAGCCAGGUGCCCCUGCCCCGUGGCACCUCACAGUGCCCCUGAAGACCUGCUGCUCAAGGCCCAGCUCCCAUGGACCCCCAAGGCUUCCCAGGCCCCUCACCCCAGAAUCACCACCCUCCUCGGUACUGGGCCAAGCCCCAUGCGUGCAGGAGGCGGCUGUAUCUGCCCCUGUACCCCUGGAGGGAAGGGCGGUCUCUGGGGUCACUGCCCUGGCAGCCCAUCCUCAGGGUGCCCCUCCAGCCUCUACGCCCGUGUGCCUGUCCCGCAGGACAGAAGGAGUGCUCAGACGAGGGGCUGCCCGGCCAGGCGUGGGAGGCGUCCUGGGACAACGCGGUGCCCUCUCCCUCAAUGUAGUCCUGUCCAGGGAGGCGCUCAGCCCCAGCUGGUGUCUGUGCAUGAAACAGAGCCCAGCAGCCCUCGCCCCCGGCUCCUGCAGUGCAGGGACAGAGCCCGGCGGGCCUCGCUCCUGGCUCCUGUGGUCAGGACCUGCCCAUCUGGCCUCAGUCCUGCUUCCCUCAUGGAGGCAGCCCUGGGGUUGAGGGGUCCCCGGCUCCAUCUUGCAGGCAGGAACUCAGACUCUGGGCAGGUUCUGGAGAAUCACACCCGGCGUGCACUCACAUUCACACUCAUGCUCACACUCCACGGAGCAGCCAAGGGCUGGGGCAAACCCUGCAGCCGCUGCCCAGCAAACCGCAAUGGUCCAGCCAGUAGGUUCCCGGGAGGAGGGUUUUUGAGGGGCUCGUCUGCACAGGCCAGCUGGAAUCCGCAUCAUUGGGCUUAAGUUUAAAAGAAAGGCAAGGCUGGUGCAGUGGCUCAUGCCUGUAAUCCCAGCACUUUGGGAGACUGAGAUGGGAGAACUGCUUGAACCCAGGGAGUUGGAGGUUGCAGUGAGUUGUGAUCGUGCCACUGCGCUCCCACCUGGGCAGCAGAGCGAAUCGGGCCACCGCACUCCAGCCUGAGUGACAGAGCGAGACCUCAUCUCAAAAAAUAAAAAAAUUAAAAAGUCAAUAAAAAUGAAAAAUGGCAGGGCGUGGUGGCUUACACCUGUAAUCCCAGCACUCUGGGAGGCCGAGGUGGGCAGAUCACCUGAAGUCGGGAGUUCGAGACCAGCCUGACCGACAUGGAGAAACUCCGUCUCUACUAAAAAUACAAAAUUAGCCGGGCAUGGUGGUGCGUGCCUGUAAUCCCAGCUACUCAGGAGGCUGAGGCAGGAGAAUCGCUUGAACCUGGGAGGCAGAGGUUGUGGUGAGCUGAGAUCACGCCAUUGCACUCCAGCCUGGGCAACAAGAGAAAAACCCCAUCUCAAAAAUAAUAACGAAAUUAAAAAAUAAAAAAAAGGCAGACACCUGAAGACACACGGGAUGCACGUUGGGGAGGUCACACUGCCACCCCCUGCUCCCACCCCUGCCCACAAUGUACACUUGGGGGCCCAGAGGUGGCACAGCCCUGCCUGCUUGGGCAAGAGGGCCUGGUGCUGACUUGGGGAGGGUCUAGUUUCCCUGAGGGCCCAAGGUGGUGGUCACAGCAGUCCCCUGAGCAUGCCCCACAAGGGCCUGACUGUGGGUGAGGGGCGCAGGGGGCAGUCGGCCCCAAGCUGGGCACUGCCCUGUGAGCCUGGCGGCAGCCCAGGGUCCCCCAGACCACACUGCCCAGGCCGGGGCUGGCCUCGCUGGCUCAGCGGGCCUCUGUCUCCAUGGGACCCUGCCCUGCAGCUGAUCUCCAAGGCCAAGGAGGCCCCAGUGGGGUGGGGCCUGGCCCCGGAUGUGGCUGACGUGUGUUGGAGCUGCCUGGGGCUAAGGUGCUGUGUU